CGGUUUUUUUAUAUGCCCAUUUCCGUCAUUCUAUACCAAUAUUCUUCCUAAUAUAAAAAUCCCUUUCUUUUAACUUUCUCUAUAGCAACCUAUCCCGUCUUUGGUUUCCCAAGUUAUUCAUUCAUCAAUGGCGACUGGUUUAAUCCGACGAGCGAUUUCUAGGGUUCAGUCAUCAUCACCGGCCGCGAGGCUACUCGUCGCCCGAGCUCACGCUUCGGAUGCCAAAGCGCAGCAGGUAGAAUCUAAUCCUAAUCUCAAGUCAUUUCAAAUUUACCGAUGGACUCCAGACAAUCCAGGGAAACCUGAACUCAAAGAAUACAAAAUCGAUCUGAACGAAUGCGGACCUAUGGUCUUAGAUGCGCUAAUCAAAAUCAAAAAUGAAAUCGACCCUACACUUACCUUCAGGAGAUCCUGCAGAGAAGGGAUCUGUGGGUCCUGUGCUAUGAACAUCGACGGAUGUAACGGACUUGCUUGUUUGACAAAGAUCUCGUCGGAUUCUGAAUCGAUGAUUACGCCGUUGCCACAUAUGUUUGUCAUUAAGGAUCUGGUGGUGGAUAUGACUAAUUUCUAUAAUCAGUACAAGUCGAUUGAGCCUUGGCUUAAGAGGAAGACACCUGCACCAACGCCUGGGAAGGAGAUACCGCAGAGCAAGACCGAUAGGGCUAAGUUGGAUGGGAUGUAUGAGUGUAUUCUCUGUGCUUGCUGUAGCACAUCGUGUCCUAGCUACUGGUGGAAUCCCGAGUCUUAUCUUGGUCCCGCUGCACUCCUCCAUGCCAACAGAUGGAUUAUGGAUAGCCGUGAUGAAUAUACUCAGGAGCGCCUGGAUGCAGUUAAUGAUGAAUUCAAGCUUUAUCGCUGCCAUACUAUUAUGAACUGUUCUCGUGCUUGCCCAAAGGGAUUAAAUCCUGCGAAGCAUAUUCAGAACAUCAAGAAGCUGGAGAUGACAUCUUGAGCCUGCAGUGUAGUGUUUCCAUUCUCUUUUGCUGAGAUUGAUUUUGAAGGACCAGUAGGAGGUUGUUUCUCAAAAUAAUGUAUGCACAGAUUGUAAUAUGCUCUCUGAGAUCUUUUUAUACUUGAAUUUGAGAUGAAAGGUGCAUCUCUCUGAAAUAUAAUACAGUAUUAUGUUCAAUUA